GGAUUCUGUGAGUCUUUAGAUUGAGUCAGUAGGUUUGUCAGUCAGGGGUUAGAGUCUACGUGGUGAGGUUUGGAACUGUCAAUCCGGUUGUGCACUACACCCAGGAGCAACAAAAGAAGAUGGCCGCCUUAGUGAGAGAGAAUAGAGAAAGAAAAGAGCUCCUGAAGCAGGCGAAGCUGAAAGCAAUCACAGAGGAGCAGGCAGCGAAGAUGAAGAAGUUGGAAGAGGAGAUGGAGGAGAAGAAGAAGGCUGCCGAGGUAGAAGCAGCAGCAGAAGCGGAGGAGGAGAGAAAACGCAGAGAAGAAAAAGGAGAGAGCAGCGGCAUGAAGGAGGAGGAAGCGGAAUUAGAGAAGAAGAUUAGUGAGUGGAUUACUAAUUUAUCGUUGGGGGAAGAUGAGGAGGCACAAAUGUAUGUGCCACAGGAUGAGAAGGAAGCGUUAGCCAGGGCGCUAGCAACAAUCGAGGACCCCCUGGAACGGCAAGAAACAGAGGAGGAGAAAAAAUUGGAACAAGAGGUGCAGGCGCAGAUAGACAUUUCUGCCAAAAUGGAUAAGAUGCUGGGGUACUUGGAAGUGUUGAGUGAGGCUUGGCUGGAGGAGCGCCAAGCCAACUGGGGUCACGAUGUGGCCCUGAGUGCCAUGAGGUCAGGAUUCCGGGAUUUUGUGCGCGACCUGGUCACCCACGUUGGGGGCGAAGUUAGGCGGUUAAGAGAGAACGUGGGAAAGUUUUGUGAGGGCGCCAUCGAGAGUGCCAAAGCAGUAGCCGCUGUUGAGAGUGAGGCUAGGCCCCGUAAAGAGCCCGUCAAGCUUAAGUUCCCAUACGCAUAUGGCGGGAAGAAGGAGGAGAAUUUUGAUAACUGGGAGGCGAGCGUCAAUAGUUACGUGUACUUACAGCACAUCUUGACUGAGGAACAAGUCCUCGUCGCCUUCCAGACCCUCAAAGAUGAAGCGGCUAGUUUUGCUAGAUCCCUUGUGCGCGCAGCCGGUUGUGAAAACAACCUCAUUGCAUAUUCCAAGAUCAGCCCCCUUCCUCAGUUCUUCAAACUAUUGCGAGAAAGGACCCUCCAAGAACAUCAGGGUCAUUUGAGGCAGGUCUUGGAGAAACUCAGAGAAGCUAACUUCAAGAUCAACGAGAAGAAGUGCGAGUGGGCCAAGACGCAAGUGCUGUACUUGGGCCACGUAUUAGACGGAGAUGGCAUUAAGCCAGAGGACAGCAAAAUGGCGGCAAUUAGAGACUGGCCAACACCCCGAACAUUGACAGAGCUGCGGUCGUUUCUAGGCCUAGCUAAUUACUAUAGGGAGUUCAUGAGGAACUUCUCUACUAUUGUCGCUCCCUUGCGCAGGUUUCUCAAGAAGGAAGCAAUCUGGCAAUGGUACAAAGACUGUCCGUAUGCGCUGAAGAAGUUAAAGCGCGCGUUGAUAGAAUAUCCUGUCCUCAAAGUAGUUGAUCCGUCCUUGCCAUUUGUAGUCACCACGGACGCGAGCCAGUAUGGUAUAGGCGUCGUGUUGCAGCAAGACGACGGCAAUGGCUAUAGACCCGUAGAGUUCAUGUCAGCGAGGAUGCCUUCAGAGAAAGUAGCCACCUCAACGAAAAUGUCUGAUCAUCGGGCACAGCAGCAGCCACAGGUGGAAGUUGUGAUGAAGGUGGAAGGUCAACAACCUUCAACCUCCACUCCUCCUUCUCCACCUCUGACUGCUACUCAGCAGGAAAAGAAGGAGAUGCAAGAACAACUGCGGCGUCAACAGGAACACCUGGCAGAAUUGGAACGUCAGGAGGCAGCUGAGCUAGAGGCUGCAACAGAUAAUUCCAGAAGGGACUAUCUGUUGCAGCAGCUAGACAAGGUGCUUUCAGAUGGCCGCUGUGCACAGGUGACUAAACACCUGGCAGAGACGAUCAUCCUGGAGCACAAGAUCACCAGUUCUUAUUUCACAAACUGGGAUGACCGAUUUGAUCGAUUGGAGCGUCGGGUUGACAGCCUGGCUGCUCAGCAGUCUAAGAUUUUGGAUGCGAUUCAAAACUUGACUGCUCAGCUGUCAGCUGCCAAGCUGAUUGCCCCUCAGCUCCCUUUGAUAAAACCCAAACCUUCUCCUCCUUCUACCCCUCCUUCAUCUCCCCCUGGAUCAGUGCAUUCUUCCCGGUCACCAUCUCAUUCCCAAAGAGCCUCAGGCAAAGCCACCUAUGCUGUUGUUACUGCAGGAGAUGAAAGAGGUCCCAAGAUCCCUGCUCCCAACAAGUUCAGGGGCGAUGACCCCAAGACCGAUGUUGGGGACUGGGCUGCUGGGACCAAAGCCUCCUUGAGGGGCUUUGUCUGUGCGGAACAGACCAAGGUGGGGACUGUUUUGGGAUUGCUGGAGGGACCCGCUCUGAAGUGGGCUACCUCAACCUCCAGCAGUCUGCAGCAGUCCAUGGAGGAUUGGGCUUUUGGGCUUGGGGUGGACAAACUUCUGCAGGCCCUGGAGGACCGAUUUGCAGACAAGGAGCGGGCCCGCAAGGCUGUUGACAGGAUUGCUCGCCUGGGACAGCAGCGAUACAGCGGCACCUUGCAGGCCCUGUCGCAGCGCUUCUUCUGGAAGGAGAUGCGGAGUGAUAUGCUGCGUUAUGUGGACACCUGUGAGCUCUGCCAAAGGAAUAAGGUCCAUCGUAGACCUCCUUUGGGACUGCUCAAACCCUUACCCAUACCUGAUGGCCUUGCUGAAUCUGUGGAGAUAGACUUCACAGAUUUAGGCAAGACCACCCCUCGUGGCAUGCGUCAGGUUAUAGUCUGCGUGGACAGGUUCUCCAAAUACGCAGAGUUCAUCCCCUUGCCAGAGGUAGCUAGGGUUCCGGCUGUGAGAGCAGCCUUUUCUGAGAGGUGGGUCACUCACCAUGGACCGCCCACUUCUAUAGUCAGUGACAGAGACCCAAGUUUUUGCAACGAUGAGUGUCAGUCCUAUUGUAAGGAUUACCUGCACUCGCGAUUGGACAUGACUUCUGGUGAUCAUCCUGAAGCCAAUGGCCAGGCUGAGGUGAUGAACCAAGUCCUAUUCCAAUUGCUGCGUCCUGUCAUCUCUCCAGAUCAGCAGGACUGGGAUCUUCACUUGGCUAGGGCACAACUCAUGUACAACAUGUCUGUUCACUCCUCGACAGGGUUCAGCCCCUACCGGUUACACUGGGGACAUGAACCACGACAGCCUCUCGAUGACAUCAUCGAUAAGGCUAAGCCUGAUCUAACACCAGGCACAACAAAGUUCACCAGAUGCUAUCGUCUAGAUGUGGAAAGAGCCCGCGCGAACUUGUUCAAAGCCCAAAAGGCUAUGGUUGAACAAGCGAAUCGCCAUAGGUGGCCUUCCCCCAUCCGCACUGGUGACUAUGUCUGGGUGGCCAGUUCUGAGUUGUCGAGGGAGGAGGAUAUCUCCCCCAAGCUGUUGCCACGUUACCUGGGUCCAUGGCAGGUCCUAGAUAGAGUGGGCGCUGAUCCCUUCGGUCCGUCAUACGUUAUCGACGUCCCGCUGCAUCUACGUACCUACCCGGUCUUUCAUGCAUCCAAGUUGUUACCUUUUACUCGAGCUGAUGCAUUCCCAGACUGGCCCCCUCAGUUUGGUCCACCGAUCCUUGGCAAGGGAUAUGACAUGGAAUGGAUUGAGGAUGAGUGGCGCACCGGCCCCGACCGACAGUAUCUUGUGAGGUUCGCAUUCCAACCUCCUUCUGAGAACAGAUGGUUCUACAGAAGGGAACUUCUCAAGACAGCAAAACCAGAGCAAAGGCAACUCGGGAUGCCUUAUGCUAGGGAAGAUCCCAGUGUGGCCUUGCCCGUCAAAAGGGAGAAAGGGCUCGAGAUCUCCUUGUCGAGGCGAGUCAAAGAAGGGGAGUACGUCUCUUCCUUGUGGGACAUGUCAAUAGACAAGGGGAUCUUUAUCUGGAUCGAGUCUGGCUUUGAUGACGAUCAAGAGUGCGCGAUUGUGAGGGUGACCCUGUAUGCUCCACCAUCUUUUUGGGUCUUACACGAGAUUGAGUUGGCGCUUGGGCAUGGAAGCCUGCUCACAAGACCCUUGGGGAUAGCUGAGGGAGCUGCAACAAAAUGGGCGAGAGGCAGGGUCCUUGAAGGAGAGGAGCAGGUGGAGACCCGUAUAGAGAUCAAACUUGCCGAAGAAUUUGCACUACCUUCAGCCCCAUUGAGAGUUGUCUUGCCUGAGUUCCUAAUAGAAAAGAGUUUUGGGGGACAGGCAAGGGUAGAGGCCGCAACGGAGGCCGUGGCCGGUACCAGCAUCCUGGCUGAAGGAAAUGGUUUUGUUAAGAUCCUGCUCUGGAGGAAUACGUGCCUCAGUAAAGCGCUACUGUGCGAGUCGGUGAGCAGCUCGAUGCCCCCGGACCUUCGUGCCCUAUUGUUUCAAGGAAGGAAUUUAUCCGCUUUCCUAUGCGGCUAUCAUGACUUUGCUCUCGCGAAAAUGUGGGACGAAAAGGCGAUGUGGAGCAUGUUGCCGCUGUUCGUCUGCGAAGAGCUGAGUGAGGAGGUGUAUACUCUCAUGCUAAAGUCGCAGACCUGGAAUGGGUUGGAGGCUUCACUAAAAUCGAGGUUUCCAGAGGAUAGGACGGAAUGCCAACUCGGUGAAGGCCCCAUGCAGCCAGCCGGGGUUGCGUUAACACAGGGGGAAUUGAGUGGUCUACAGAGGCAAGUUGGGAUAUUGGAAGAGAGGUUGACGCGACUAGAAGAAGCCAGGCGUGGCAAGAGGAAGGUUCAUGAAGGAAUAUCAAGUGGACCGAUUGGGCAGGAUGGAACAGAGGCAAGGGAUGCUGAUCAAGACUCACUCCUCCGUAAAGGAACCCCGAAGAGGCGAGCUUGCCCCCCGGAGAGAGAUGGAGGCGAGAGGGUGAUUGAGAUAAAGGAGGAGCAGGAAUCUAGCAUAGCCCCACCUGUUAUUGCGUCUGAUCCAAAGAAGGGGCUCAUUAACGUGGAAGCAUCAUCAACUGCAAAUCGGAAGGAGCAAAGGAGUAAGAGGUGGCAAGAGCACUGGGCGAAGAUAGUGUGUGAUCGUUGUGGGAAGAUUGGCCAUGCCCCUCGGAGAUGUAAAGAAAAGGGGGUGACAGGAAAAAAAGGGGAACCUGAACCUCCCAAGCUGACGACGGCUCAGCGAAAAGCGAGGAACCUGGCCCUAGGAAGCUAAGGUACUGGAAGAGGGCAGUGCUCGCGACAAGUAGGAGCCACGCCGCAAGAACCG